UGAAAAGACGCGCCCGUGGCUCCGUUACUCCACUCAUUCCUCUUGAGGAUAGCGGGAGCGCGACCAUGGCAGCGGCCACGCAGCAGAUGUCGAGUCUGCCCAGCGGACUCCGGGUCUGUUCCACCGUACCGGACAUCCUCUACCUGCCAGAGCUGGUGUUUGGAGGGCUGGUAUGGAUCCUGGUGGCAUCUACAAUUGUGACUCCAGCAAACCCUCAAGGAUGGGUGAUGUUUGUUUCGGUCUUCUGCUUUGUAAUGACCUUCAUCUGGCUCAUCGUCUUCGCCUGCGGAGGGCACAAAAACAGCAGUGCCUGGGCUACAGCGGACUUUAUUUAUCACCUGAUUGCCGUUAUAUUCUAUUUGAGUGCCUCUGUGAGCCUGGCCUAUGUGACCAUCUCUCUCAAAGAAUUCAGUAUAGCAUCACCAAUUGACAAGUACUAUAAAAUCGACAUUGCAGCUGUGGUGUUCUCGUAUGUUACCACAUUGCUUUACUUCAUUCACUGCAUCCUUUCUGCCGUCCGGUGGAAAUCCUUCUAAUCAAAUAAUCUGAGCAAAAGGACAUCAGUUUGACACCAAUUUUUUUAAUUAAUUGAAAAUAAACACUGGAAAAUUGCUGAUAUUUAAAUUUGAAUGUCAAGGGCCAGUCCUGAGAGCUCUCUACACAGAAACACACAGCAAUCAAGAAUAAACCUACUUAUAUUUUUCAUAAUAGAUUGUUUCAGCCUUAUUACGUUUUUUAAUGAUGAUGCAUUCUUAUAUAUUUGGGAGAAGGGAAACUUUUUGAAAUGCUAUCUGUAAUAGUACAAUGACGCUAAGUGUAGAUGUGAAUGAAGAAACAAUGUGGGUUUUGUAUACUUUCUUGUACCUUUGUAACUGAUAAAUCAUUUUUUUGUAUAUUUAGCAAAUACACACAAUGAACAGCAUAAUAUUUUAAUAAAAGAAUAUGAACUGGA